UCUCUUCCCUCCACCACUGUUUCCCGCCAAGCCCCCACUCCCCAUUCGCCACUCUCUAAACAAAUCCACACCCUCUGCAGCGAAGGAAACCUUCCCGAUGCUCUCCUUCUCCUCACGAAACUCGCCUAAAAACUUCGACUUGGCGCCCCAUGCCGAGGCCAUCAGCACCCUCCUCCAAGCCUGCAGUUCCAAUGGCGAGCUCGACGUCGGCCAACGGGUCCAUGAGCUCAUCUCCUCGUCGAAAGAACUCAUGUCGAACGCCGUCGUUACCACUCGCCUCCUAACCAUGUACUCCAUGUGUGGCUCCCCGUCCGAUUCCCGCCAUGUCUUCGAAGGCUUGGAACAGAGAAACCUCUUCCAGUGGAACGCCAUGAUCAGCGGCUACGCUCGGAACGAGCUCUGGGAUGAGGCUAUCGACCUUUUCCACCGACUGAUGUCGACCACCGACAUCAAGCCGGAUAAUUUCACCCUCCCCUGUGUUUUGAAGUCCUGCGGGGCGCUUCUGGAUGUGGAGAGGGGAAGGACUGUUCAUGGAAUUACCCUGAAGUUGGGAUUGGGUGCUGACACUUUCAUUAGCAACUCAUUGAUAUCCAUGUAUGGGAAGUGUGGCUUUAUCGAUGACGCAGCUCAGGUGUUCGAAACGAUGCCUGCCAGAAAUUUGGUCUCCUGGAACACGAUGUUAUGUGGGCUUUCUGAUAAUGGAUUGCCGGAGGAGGGCUUUGAUUUGUUUAGAGAGAUGAUGUCGGUUGGUGAAGAAAGUAUGAGACCGGAUGAAGCGACGGUGGUGACGGUGCUGCCCAUGUCCGCAGGGAAAGGAUGGCUCGAGAUUGGGAGAGCAGUGCAUGGUUUGUCGGUAAAAUCAGAAUUGGUUCCUGAGCUGAGGGUAAGCAAUGCCUUGAUCGAUAUGUAUGCAAAAUGCUGUUGCUUAUUGGAGGCACGGCGCCUCUUCAGUAGGAUGCUCGGAAGAAAUGUGGUGUCUUGGAAUGCGAUGAUUGGUGGGUGUGCAAGGAAUGGUGAUGUUGAUGGAACCUUCGAUCUUCUGCGAGAAAUGUCGAUGGAGGAUGGCGUAAAGGCUAAUGAGGUUAGUGUUUUGAGUGCCUUGCCAGCUUGUUUGGGGCCGGCCGAGCUACCGAAUGUGAAAGAACUUCAUGGCUAUGUGAUCAGAAAUAAGUUGCAGACCAAUGAUUUAGUGUCAAAUGCUCUUAUUGCAGCUUAUUCGAAGUGUGGAUCGCUGGAGUCUGCAGGACAUGUUUUCGAUGGCAUGGAGAUGAAGACGGUCAGCUCGUGGAAUGCUUUGAUUGGUGGCUAUGCGCAGAAUGGAGACCCAAGCAAGGCAGUAGAUUUAUUCCUUCAGAUGACAUCUCUGGGCAUAGAACCUGAUUGGUUUAGCAUUGGUAGCUUGCUUUUAGCUUGUGCCCAUUUAAAAGAUCUCCUUAAUGGCAGGUCCAUUCACGGCUUUGUCCUGAGAAAUGGAUUGGAAAAGGAUUCAUUCAUUAAGAUUUCACUUCUCUCGCUUUACAUCCAAUGUGGGGAGACAUCAGCUUCGAGAGCAUUGUUUGAUGCAAUGGAGGAAAAGGAUUCAGUGUCUUGGAAUGCGAUGAUUGCCGGUUACUCGCAGAAUGGGCUGCCAGAUGAUUCGCUCAAACUAUUCCGUCGGUUGCUGCGAGAUCGAUACGAACCUUCCAUGAUUGCAAUGACAAGUGCCUUCAUGGCUUGUGCCGAGCUAUCGGCCUUGCGGUUAGGAAGAGAAGCACAUGGUUUUGCUUUGAAAGCCAACUUCUGCGAGGACGCAUUUGUGGGCAGCUCGAUCAUAGACAUGUAUGCUAAAUGUGGUUCUAUGGAGCAGGCCUGCAGUUUCUUUAACAAUUUGAAGAACAAGGAUGGCGUUUCAUGGACGGUGAUGAUCACUGGGUAUGGCAUUAAUGGGUUUGGUCGCGAAGCCAUUAAUCUGUUCGAUGAGAUGCUAAGAGAGGGGCUGAACCCCGAUGCUUUCACUUACGUCGGCAUCUUAUUGGCAUGUAGCCAUGCUGGAUUGGUGGAGGAGGGUUUGCGGUAUUUUGAGGAGAUGAAGGAUAAGCACGGUGUGGAGCCAAAACUAGAGCAUUACGCCUGCGUCACGGACAUGCUUGGUCGGGCUGGGCGAUUGGCUGAAGCAGCGAGGCUCGUCGAAGAGAUGCCGGUAGAGCCCGACGGCAGAAUAUGGGGUGCGCUGCUUGGUGCCUGCAGAAUCCAUGGAAAUGUAAGCUUGGGUGGGAAAGUUGCUGACAAGCUUUUAGAAUUGGAGCCGGACAGAGCUGAACACUAUGUCCUCGCUUCAAAUCUAUAUGCAAGCAUGGGGAGGUGGGAUGAUGCAAGGAGGAUGAGGAAGAGGAUGAAGGAGUUUGGCCUGCACAAGGAUCCUGGUUGUAGCUGGAUAGAUGUCGGUGGCCAGGUCUAUAACUUUGUGGCAGGGGACAACAGGCUUCCAGAAUCUGAAGAGAUUCGCAUGAUGUGGAACUCUUUAGAGGAGAAGAUACGUGGAACUGGAUACGUUCCUGAUACAGCUUCGGUGCUGCAUGAGCUGGAAGAGGACGAGAAAUUGGAAAUUUUGAGGGGCCAUAGCGAGAAGCAGGCAAUAGCUUUUGGGCUGCUGAAAACGAGUGGGAGCACAAAAUUGAGGGUCUGCAAGAACAUAAGGAUGUGCAGGGAUUGCCACAAAGCCGCCAAGCUGGUAUCGAGGGUGGUAGGGAGGGAGAUCGUGGUGAGAGACAACAAGCGGUUCCACCAUUUUAGAGAUGGCUUCUGUUCUUGUGGUGAUUUUUGGUAAUUCCAGUCCAACUUACCAUCUCUUCCUCCUUGGUUAUUUCUAGAAAUCCACGUACACUAGACAUGGCUUGCACUUACUUGCCCAGUAAGUGCAGCAAUUGGUUAUGGGAAGCGGAUGCCAUCUCAUCCGCUCCAUUUCAGUGUAUACCAGUAGUUGUAGGGCACGGCCGGGGGCGGCGAUGGAGUGCUGGACCCUCGUUGUAUUCAAGAAGAUGGCUUGUUGUAUUCAAGAAGAUCUGCUAAGAGAUCAUAUCAAUAUAAAACAAGAACAUGCAACAGAACAUUUGAAUUCAACUCUUCAUUUCC